AUGGAAAACAACGAUACCUUAAUAUUAAACUGGACACCGUUUUUCGGUGAACAAACCUGGGAACAUUAUCGAAUAGACUAUUGCGGUUCAGAUUUACCACCAUGUCUUAUAACGCAUAAUCCUACCUAUUUAAUUCAAAGUCAUUUGCUAGUGUUUCAUGCUCCGGACGUGAAUUGGGAGGAUUUACCUGAUAAAGAGAUCAGAAAUAUAUAUAAUAAUAAAAUGCCCUGGGUUUAUUAUAGUGCAGAAGCACCAGCUCGCGAAUGGGAAUUUGAUGAUGAUAAGAUGAAAAUGUUUGAAUUUAGCCUAUCAUACCGUCUUGAUUCUGACUUUCCGUCAACUUAUCUGGAUGAAGAUUUGACAGCAAUAAUUAGAUCUCCAAGUUAUCAAUUUAAAGAUCGUAAACAAGUUCCAGUGGCUUGGGUUGUUUCAAAUUGUCAUGCUUCAAACGGUGUUGUUCCUAUAGUAGACGGACCAUCUGAUUAUACUCCAUUUGCACCUACAAAUCAUUCAUUGAUCCAAAUUGAUCAAUUUUCAUCACCCGAAGAUCUGGCUUCUUAUAUAUUGUCGCUUUCAGAAAAUGAACAAGCAUACACCUCAUAUUUAUCUUACAAAAAUAAUAGUACACCAUUAUCAGAGGAGUUUGUCAAAUAUUGGCAAG